GGCUAGUACGCCUGUUUGGAACGUCACUUCCGCCUCCUCCUUCGCAAAGCAAGAUGGCGACCGUUGUAGACAGAGUUGAUGGAUGUGUUGGGUCAUUGGACUCAGACGCGGUGUCACCGAGACAGUCAACCCCUCCACCGGACCAGAACAAUCCGCUGUUAGGACUGCCCAUCGUGGCCAUUGAGACUAUUCUCAAUUUGUUGUCCUACGAUGAGAUCAGCCUGCUGCGCUCGGUGUGUAAGCGAAUGGACAUGAUCUGUCAGCGUGUCCUUAAUCAGGGCUUCCUUAAGGUGGAGCGUUACCAUAGCCUGUGCCAGAGGCAAGUCAAAGCCCAGCUGCCCAGGCGAGAGUCAGAGAGGAGAAACCAUUCACUGGCCCGCCAUGCUGACAUCUUGGCUGCUGUGGAGACACGCCUCUCUCUGCUCAACAUGACCUUCAUGAAAUAUGUCGACUCCAACCUCUGCUGCUUCAUCCCUGGAAAGGUUAUAGAUGAGAUUUACCGUGUGCUGCGCUACGUGAACUCCACUCGAGCUCCCCAGCGAGCUCAUGAGGUUCUGCAGGAGUUGAGGGACAUCUCCUCCAUGGCCAUGGAGUACUUUGAUGAGAAGAUUGUUCCUAUCUUGAAGAAGAAGCUGCCAGGGGCCGACCUGUCCGGUCGUCUCAUUGGCUCUGCACCAGUGGCAGGUCCAUCUACCUCCCUAACCACCAUGUCUCUGCUGGCCAAGAACACGCCAUCGCGCUCUGAGAUGACCAAGGUGCAGCAGCAAGUGAAGGUGAAUGGGGCGUCGAUGACAGUACUGCGAAGGGAGAUGCAGGAAAUUCGUGUCAAGCAGCUGGAGCAGCAGAAGCAGCUGCAGGACCAAGAGCAGAAGCUGCUGGAACAGACCCAGGUGAUCGCUGAGCAGAACGCCCGCCUGGCCGAGCUGGAACACAAGCUCCGCGAACUGAUGGACAGUAGUGCUGCUGCUAUGGGAGGACCCAGGCCCAGCACAGCCGUCCCCUCCACAUCCAGCAGUGCUGCCGUGUCUUCCAGUGUUGCCAGCACAUCUGGUACUGUGUUGCCAGGUGGCAGCGUGGCCACAACCUCUCUACCAUUAGAGCCAGAGGGCGAGGCAGGGUCAUCACUCAAACGCACCAGAAAGAGCUCAGACCUUCCACGACAGUCAAAACGACUGCGCAGCAAGAAAUAAGAGACUCAUUGUGUCUUUUAGUUGAAGUUUUGUUUUUUGGUUUCUGGUGUGACCGAUCACACCUUAUCCACUAUCCCUGCAUCACUCAUCACCUGUACUGUCUAAGAUAAACCAGGAGUAUCCCUGUACACUUUGCUUUACCAGUGCACUCCCUGCUCUGCACUUAUGGACAAGAGGAAAAACGUAGAAUAAUCACCCAACUUAUCCUUAAAAAGUUUCUUACCCACCUAACUAAAUCAGUUUAUGGGCAGGUCUGCCACAUGCAGUGAAGAAGACAGUAACACUUCAUAAUAAACGUUAAUACAUUUAAAUGUAUAUUUAAUUAAACAUUAGUUAAUAGUUAUAACUGUUAACAAACAGUGAAAUGCAUUAUAAAUCAUUUAUUAAGCAAUUUUAGAGUUUUAUAAACACAAGUUGGAACUUUAUAAUCACUUGAAUAAUGUUUAUAGAGGAACUACACAGUAUUAUAAAUAUCAGUUAAAACUUUUCACUAAAUAAUUGCUUGAUAAAUGGUUCAUAAAUAAUUUCACUGAGUCAAAUAACUAUUAACUUAAGUUAAAUUAACAUCACUUUACCAUUUAUUAAGGAUGGUUGUUAUAAAGUUUGACCAAGAUACUAUUUAUUGAAGGUCACAUUAAACAACUGUACAGAUUUUUAAUUGGCUGAUGUGAUUGCAAAAAAACCUGAUUUACCAAGCAAAAACUGAUUGUCUAUGAAUUAACAGAAGUCAUAUAGUUCAUCAGACUAAUGCAGUUAACGUGUCUGAGGUCAAAUCUGCCAGGAGAUUUUAUUUUGGAAGCACACGAGUCAUAACAGGCCUUAAAUUUCCAACAUCAUUUUAUCAGUUAAAUAAUCAGUGACAUUGGUAGGAAGUCUAAAUCUGCAAGCAUUUAUCUCAUUCCCAGUUACUGCUUUCUAACUUUGGCCAAGUGCAAUAAAAAUCAUAUACAUAUAAAUUAAUCAGUAACAUUGCUGCUUAGGUCAGUUCAGUUCAGUCUAAAAAUGAAGGACGACUUUAAAGAAGGACAAAGGUAGCGUUCAGGUAGCAUUAAUCAGGUGUCUUCUGCUGACUCUUGCUCCCCUGCCUGUCAGAGCUGCAACACAGAGGUAAAUUAUAAAUAGUGAAAGGAUUUUUCUUUCCACCGUGCCUCUGCAGCCGCUGACUGAUAUCCCAGUCUUACCCUUAGAUUCUUUCAAAAGUUUCCCAUGAAAGCAGACCUUUUAGUUCUGGUAUGCCUGAAAACGCCUGAUGUUCAUGCCCCUCUUUUAUAUGCGAUGUCACUGUAUGUGUUAUAUUGAGGAGGACAAAGAAACUAAUGUUAAAACAAUGUUUGGCAUCUGUCUUUUGAGGAUCAUACUAGUGUUUUUACAUAUUACAGCCUAUUUACUACAAUAACUACAGCUCAGUUCAGUGAAACAUGAGAAACCCUGAGUUUGACAGUUAUUGAAUGUGUUUCUACUUUGUACCCAACAGCCACUGAUUUACAGUCAUUUCACUGCAGAAACCUGCAUGUCAUGACUUGCCUUGAUUUUCAAACUAUAAAAAACUUUUUUACAGUGUUAUUUUUCAGAAUGAGAGAAAAACACAAUGCAAUUGCACAAUCAUACUUGUACAAUUUCCAAUGAUUAAGACCACCAGAUGUUGUUAAUAGCUCUGGAAAUGCUAGUAAGUGGACAUUUAUGUAUAUUUUUUCAUCAACUUCGGUUUCUAGUUUCAUAGUAUAAUCUUAACUUAAGAUUCACUUCCUAGUUUUUUAUUCCAGAGCUUUCAGCUGCAUCUCCUUUUUAAGUUUCUAGAGACCAUGAAUCAGGUCAUCAUAUGAAGUGCUGACAUGAUGUCAGAUUACACGACACAUACCUGCUGGACAAUUGUAGCAGAUGGCUAGAAAUUGAGAAAAAGACUUCUAUGGUCCUUUAAGGUGCAACAUGUUGACUUGACUACCUGUCAAAUUAUUACUCCAACCCGAUGGGGGGCAGCAUAUCACAGGGUAACCACUGGCUCCUACAAACUAUAGCUGCUAUUAGAUACUUUGCUCAGUUAGCUGUGUAGCUAGCUGUCUGAUUGGGGUCAAAAAGGAGCGGGGAAGCCUCAGUAUUUACACCACGAGCACAGGAGCUUUGGACCGUGACACGCGCUGGCUAGCUGGUUACCAUGUCAUCUUCAGAUAGAUCAACAAUACGUAGAUGUCCUAACACUUCAAAUUAGCUACUUUCUUACCAAUCUGUUUAUAAUUUUAGUUCAUGUUUGAAUGGGCUCAACUAAAAUUCUUACGUAUUGCACCUUUAAAGUCAAAGCAGAAAUGAUAUAAGAUUAUGAAAGGAUGCUAUCUAUGUAAUGACUUUAAAAGGGUCUGUGUCUCUUUAUCUUUAGUGCCAUGCUUGUUUUGUUUUUGCAUUUGUAGAGAUAGACCUGUGAGUCUUCUGCUUCCACCCCAAAAUAUGAGAAGUGAAUAUCAUUUAACCUAACUGCAUGGAUAGAAAUCGUCAGAGGGAAGUAAGAGAAAGUGGUGGCACUUUUUCAAAAUGAAGUUAAAAAUCAGCCUGUUGACACUGGUUUACAGGAGCUACCAGAACCUAUAACUGGUUUGCAGUGACAAUAGAGUGGUGCUGGAAAUGUCACUGCUAAACAAAAAGACUCAGUCACAUUAGUUCCCUCAGCUGUCGUCGAACUCCCCUGUGCAGCGGUACUCUUCUUCUCUCCUGUACAAAUUCAUCUCUUGCCUUGUGAGGCUAGGUUAGCUGUGAGCCCAUAUUGUGGCAGCACAUUUGUUUUCUUUGUUUAAAGCUUUUCUGUUGUUUGGAUGACCUGAACCACUCAUGGCAUGAACUUUUGGUAAAGACACCUGAACACAGUUCACGUGUUGGUGAACACUCGCGUGUAUUAUGACACACAAGAAGAUAUAUCUAGUGGCUUAAUUUGAGACUGCGUCUCAGUUUAGAAAAAAAUACUGUAAUCUUCAUGUACUUUAAAGUGUAGAUUGUGACUUAUUUCAUGUAUGUAUACCAAGAGAACUAUCUUUUGGGUUGGCCAACUUGGGGCUAACUGUACGGUUUUGUUGCACACAUUACUGUUACAAAUGUACAAAUCAAACCUAUUAAAAACUCAACCUAA